AUGGCUUACCCCACUAGACCUGGUCAUGGGGCUGUGGGUGCAUAUUAUCACCCACCUGCACCGGUUCAUGGCAGAUAUCCACCUCCGCCUGCAUCGGCUUAUGGCAGUGUGUACCCACCUGCACCUCUUUAUGGCUGUGGAUAUCCACCUGCUCCUGCUUAUGGUGGGUACCCACCUGCGCCGGUUUAUGGCGGGUAUCAGAAUCGUCCUAGAAUUGAUGCGGCUGGGAUUGAAGUGCUGGCCGUAGGUGCGUUCGGGGCUGCAUCAAUCACUCAUAAUUUGUUUGGUGAUGGCGAUGGGGAUGGCGAUGGUGAUGGUGAUGGUUUCAAUUAA